UUCAAGGUUGUGGUGGCAGAAUUGACCGAGACGUAACUUUUCACCUGUCCCAUACACUGUCAACUUACUCUCGACAUUUCACUUUAUAAAAAUGGCAGUUCCAGAACAAUAUAGUUCCAAACAAUACGAGCGAAAAAAAACAAAUUUCAAAGGUAUAAAACAGGUCCUAAAUGCGGAAUCUCAAGUUAGCUAUUCGCCAGAUGCUGUUCUUUACAAUCAUCUGAAUGCACCACCAUGCAUUUGUCCACCUAUGAAAGUUUCUGAUUUAAGUGGGAUACCAACCGCCUAUACAGAUCCAUCGACAAAACUAAAUUAUGCAACUUGUUCCGAGUUUAAAAGAAUACGUUAUUUGCCUCAGCAUAUCGUUAAUGGGUACUUGGCUUUGAGAGGAGUAUCCAAUAAUUAAUAACAGCAAUAUACUACUGGUUUCAAUUUGGAAAAUAUCUAUUUUCUAUGCCUGUGUAUACAAUAAUGUUCAUUCAAUUGCAAUAGACGCUCCAACCUCUUCUAAUACUUUCUUUAUUUGUUCAGCUUCGUCCUUGCUCACGUCAGUCUUUAUAUUGGCAGGCGCACUCUAAAAGUGAAAUAAUUAAGGUUAUCGAUUUUUAAGCUAACAAUAUGUAAAUAUAACACGUUAUUAAAUGUAUUUAU